ACUGAUCCUAAAUGCACACAUUUCCCAAAAGCCGUCCUCUAAUCCCGUGGAAUAAUUUACGCUAUGAAUGCCCUAGUCCCCUUAAAUGAUCGCUUUAUAAGGAGCAACGUUCGCCCAGAGAACCUCAGUCCAUCUUGCUCCACUUAGGACAGAACACAGAACUAACUGUCCGUCUCCUUAUCGACAUCUUUUUUUUCCCUCAUUUGUCCUUUACUGAGCAAACCAAACGAUGACAUCCAGGAUGAAAGAGCGCAAGAAAACUCCUGUUUCUCACAAGGUGAUAGAAAAAAGAAGACGAGACCGCAUUAACAGGUGUCUCAACGAGCUGGGCAAAACUGUGCCGAUGGCCCUAGCGAAGCAGAAUUCCGGCAAGCUGGAGAAGGCGGAGAUCCUGGAGAUGACUGUCCAGUACCUCAGAGCGCUCCACUCGGCCGACUUCCCCAGAGGCAGAGAGAAAGGGGAGCUUCUAGCAGAGUUUGCUAACUAUUUUCACUACGGUUAUCACGAAUGCAUGAAGAACCUGGUGCAUUACCUAACCACAGUGGAAAGAAUGGAAACCAAGGACACCAAGUACGCGCGGAUACUGGCUUUCCUGCAGUCGAAGUCCCGCGUCGUAACCGAGCCCGUGUUCGGCUCGAUCGGGACCUUGCCCGACGCCUCAGACUACCUGUGUCAACUGCACUCGACCGUGGACUAUCAAAGUCACAGCCCCGCCGACUCCGUGUUCCCGCCGGCCCCGGGACACUUCUCCUGGCACAGCUCUGCGCGGAGCCCCUCCCUCCCUUACCCCUCCGUGCCGAUAUCCGCUUCCCCCCCGCAGCACGGCGGCUACCUGUCGCCGGUUCAGGGUCUCGACCACCAUCACUACCUCAACUUCAUCGGCCACCCGCACGCCAACGCGUUCAGUCUGCACGGCGCGCAGCACGCCGCUUUGUGAACGAGAGGCUCGUCGCUUACAGUACUUAUACAAAGGGUCUAUAAAGGAGAGCAACUACUGUAAAUGAUCUUUUACCCCUCACUUGUGGUGUGGCGGCCCUGCAUCUGCGUGGGGUGUAGAGGAAAGCGGGCUCACUGAGGUUUAUUGUCCCUAAAAGUCAACAGGUACGUGGUGACUCCCCCUCUUCUCACAGGGGGAGAGGGACAGGUAGUGGAGGGAGGGGGUUAGAGGCCCCCGCACUCCAGCACCGGGGGCCCGAACACUACAGCGCUGGAGAGGUUCGAAGACAAAUGCAUUGAGAAAAUGAAACUGUUGUGGCAUUUAUGCCUAAAAAAGUAUAAGCAUUGGUCUUUCGUUUCUGCCGGUGUGAUGAGAACAAAACACUUUGUCAUCGGAUGCAGCAGGUGUUAUGG